AUGUUUAAGUCUCUCCGCAAUAUGGUUUCCAGCAUUCGAUCGGCCGGGUGCCUAAUAAUUGGUGAUGAGGUCCUAAAUGGAAAAAUUCGAGAUGAGAACUCAUACGAGUUUGCCAAGUAUUGUUUUAAUACUUUGUCAGUUCCUAUGAAGAAGAUUAUUGUUUGUGGGGACGACAAAGACGAUAUUGUCAAAUCAAUUAAGAUCUUGAGGGAGGAAAAAUGUGACUUCAUAGUUACAAGUGGGGGAAUUGGCUCUACACAUGAUGAUAUUACGUAUGACGCUAUUGCUGAAGCUUUUGGUGUUCCAUGUGAACUUGAUCUGGAAACAGUGGAAAGAAUGCGAUCGAUCAGGGGAGGCUAUUUGGAUCUGCUUUCACCUUCCCAGUUGAGCGCUUUCUAUCGAAUGGCAACCUUACCACAACAAACAUCGGAGGUAUCUGUGCUGAAACUUUAUACGGAAUCCUCAUUAUGGGUGCCUAUUGUAGGCCUUCAACACCAGGUGUACAUUUUACCCGGUGUGCCCGAGCUCUUCAGAAAGCUCUUGGUGGGACUUGGAGAUCACUUGAAGGCAAGAGUUAUUCUGAAAGCCUACCAGAGAUUCUACGUUCAAACAUCGACAAAGGAAAGUAACUUAGCUCCAUUCUUAUCUGCAUUGCAAAAGACUUGCGAUGAAAAAUUUGGCGCUCAGCAAGUGAAACUUGGUUCAUACCCUCAUUUUUCAUGGAAAACUGUUACAAUCAGCAUUAUCGGCGAUGAUACUGUGCCCCAGGAAGCAUUAUUGGAUAUAGUCGACCAGGUAAUUGUGGGUGUCGGCGGAGGAGCCAAACAAAUCGAUGCCCAGGAAGAAGAUUUCAUCUCUUCCCACGAGAAAGAUAAAGAAUGA